AUGAAAUCUACAUUUAAAUCGGAGUAUCCCUUCGAGAAGAGGAAGGCAGAGUCGGAGAGGAUUUCACAGAAGUUCUCAAAUAGAAUACCAGUGAUUUGUGAGAAAGCAGAGAAGUCAGAUAUCCCUGAGAUCGACAAGCGGAAGUAUCUGGUACCAGCGGAUUUGACUGUUGGGCAAUUUGUUUAUGUGAUCCGUAAGAGAAUCAUGUUGCCACCAGAAAAGGCGAUCUUCAUCUUUGUGAAUGAUACUUUGCCUCCAACGGCGGCGCUUAUGAGUGCUAUUUACCAGGAGCAUAGGGAUAGAGACGGGUUUCUUUAUGUGACUUACUCCGGGGAGAACACAUUUGGAUCGUUGUGA